AUCAUUAAUCAAUAUUGAUCAAAUCUAAAAAAUAGAUUUGUAAUAGAGUUGUAAUAACUGAUGUAACCUGUUGUGUGCGGCACUAAAGAAAAUGAUAAAACAUUUGGUUUCAUCCUCUUCCCCAAAUCCAAGCCACUGUAGAGCCAAAAAACCACAUCCAUUUGAAGGAAUCCCUGUGUGGAUGUGAUGGAUAGAGCUUGAUCUGUCCACCCACCUAUGAUUUGAUUAUGGUUAGGAUGUAGUAGAUAACGCCUCUUACUCCGCCCACUGACUCAGUUGUUACGAACCAAUAGACUCCACCUACCACAUAUAUUUAAACCAAUAGGAUAGCGGCAGCAUUGCUUGUACCAAUCGUAGCUCGCUGUUGCGCCAACCAAUCACUGUUUGCCUUACAAUAAUACUCAAGGGGUACUCGACCCACUGUUAACAAACCGCUGGUUUAUUGUAAUCAAAACGGGGCUUUUAUUCUGAAAAUCAUCUUUUUUGUGUGCAAAAAAUUUCCUGCUUCCAGUGCUAAGAUCAUGGAUGUGGAAGUGGUGAGUUUCCGUUUGCCUGGACAUGGAGAAACCACUCUAAAUAACAUGAACUCCCUGCGAUCGCAGCAGCACUUCUGUGAUGUCACCAUUGUUGCAGGCGGCAGACGCAUGUUCAGGGGUCAUAAGGUUGUGUUGGCGGCUUGCUCUGUGUUUCUCAGAGACCAGUUUCUCAUGAACCCAACUUCAGAGCUACAGGUGUCGAUGUUGCACAGCUCAGCAGUGGUAUGUGAACUCCUCCAGUCCUGUUAUACAGGGAUACUGCAGUUCAGCGCCAAAGAGAUUGUGAACUACAUGACCGCGGCCAGCUACUUGCAGAUGGAGCAUGUGGUGGAGAAAUGCAGAGGGGCCCUGAGCCAGUACAUGCAGCCCCAGAGCUGCUCCCCGGUCUUGACGUCAAACAAGUCUGUACAGACUGUGAAAUCAGAUGAUUCUGAAUCUAUGCCAGUGAUUGUCAGUGUACGAGGAUCAGAUUCAUCCAGCCUCUUCGAGACAGAGGAUGGAUAUGGGAGUGAUGUCUAUCAGGUCAUAAUUGAUGAACCAGAGAAGACCCCUGAUGCUGAAGAGGAAAACCGAGAAACUGCAUCAGAAGACCUCUGUCAGUUGGACAUGGGCAUAGAGGAGCCUAAUAUGGAGGUUCAAGCUAAAUACGAUGACCUCCAUGGGGAACAACAGUACAGUGAGCGCAAGGGAAUUAAAGGAAGAGGGUUAAAACGCAGGAAGAGAUACGUAUUUAAGAAGGACCGCACAUCCUUAGGGAAUUAUCAGGAUAACUGGUGCUUUCAGACAGCAGAAGAGAUCAUGGGUAAGUCAGAAACAGAUUUUCAGGCUGAUUAUCAGUCCAAUCAGCGUCUCACAGACUGUUCUGUUCACACCGAGUACAAAAAUGAAGGAGGACCAGGAGAAGAUAUAGGCUCUGAUGGAGGUCCUGCACACUUCCGUAUUGAAGCUUCAAGCGGAGAAGAAGAAUUGGGAAUCGGAACACCUUCCAAUGAGCGCGGAGCUACAGAUGAAUCUGUGGUGGGUUCCACAUCCAAUGUAACCGGGCCAGUAGUGUGUGAGCAGUGUGGAUUGGCAUUUUCCUCUACGCAGGACUUGGCGAUGCAUUCCUUAUCAGCACACCAGCAGUAUAUUUGUCCGUGCUGUAGGAAGCAGUUCAGCAACUCCAGGAAUCUCAACCGCCACAUGCUCCUCCAUCGAGAUAAUUCCAGGCUCCCCUCCUGCCCCCUGUGCCACAAGACCUUCACUCAGAAGUCAACAAUGUACGACCACAUGAACGUGCACAGCGGGGAGCGCCCGUACGUGUGCGCAUACUGCCCUAUCAGCUUUGCACACAGGUCUGCUCUGCGCCGCCACCUGUUGGAGCAACAUGGAAAAACCAUGCCCCAAAACCACCAGGAAAUGCAGCGAAAUAAGCAUAGCAUUGGAGAAGGAGUUUAGAUUAGUUUUUUAAAGUUAUUGUUAAAAAGAAAAUACAAAUUUAUUGUGAUUUCUAGAAACAAAUAUUUCUUUCUAUAAUGUGUAAAACACUAUGCAUUUGAGUGCUUUAGCCUGAAGAGACUGACUGACAUUAUACGCGCUUGUAAGGAUAUUUUUUUGGAAAAUGGAAAUUCUGUCAGUGUGUGCUUUUGCUUCCUGUUGUUUCAAACUUGUAAGAAUGUCUCAAAUUUGAAUUACAGCUGCAUGUCAAAAGCCACCUUUCAGAAAUAACACACUACCAAGUGAACUUGGAAACCCAUACACUACUGUUGAUCCAAUUCUACUGUAGUGCAUGUCUACGGGAGAAACCCACGCAAGCAUGGGGAGUACAUGCAAGCAAGACACAGAAAUUAAUCUUGACCCAGCCAGGACUCAAACCAGUGACCUACUUGGUGUGAAGCGACAAUAAUAAUAAUAAUAAUUCCUUACAUUUAUAUAGCGCUUUUCAAGA